UUAAUACUGCCAUUGAAUUUGCAAACUUCAUUUAAAUCCAAGGGAGAAUAUCAACUAGUAUGGAUUAUUCACCAACAGAUCCCCUGGAAUUGGAAGCUCGACAGCAGGAUGAGCUUAGCAGUGUUGAGUCCAUAUAUGGGGAUAUAUUUAAGAACAUCACUUCCUCUAAAUUAAUCUGGAAUAAGAAGCCCAGUCCACAUUUCCAAAUCUAUUUAUCAUCCUGUGAGAACCCAGACCACCCAGUUGUGUCGUUGACGCUUGAUUUUUCUCUUACCCCUACAUAUCCCGUGACAUCACCCAUAAUUAAAGUGCUAGAUCCUAAAAAUAUAACUAAGUCUAGAUUGAAGAAAAUAGACGAAAAGAUACAUGAAUUGAUAAAAGAAUAUCAGGGUGAGGAAGUAUGUUUUACAAUAAUAUCAGAGGUAAAAGACAUUAUCGAUGAUUUUCAACAAACUACAGAGAAAGUUUUGUCUUUGGAAGAAGAACGAGAAAAACGUCUUCAAAAUGAAAGACGUAAGCUAGAGGAGAAGGAAGCUGAACUAGAGUAUGAACAAGAACUUGCUAAAGAACGCCAAAGCAAGGUAUUGAAUGAACAACUAUCGAGGUAUCAUGAUGAGUUCUAUCAGGACUCAUAUAACUCUGCUUCCUUGGACGCCUCACAAUCUGCCAGAAAUAAUGAUGAUUUGAUUCCCCCAGAUACCAGUGGGUGCUAUAUUUUUGCUAAUCCAAUCUGGGGUGAUAUUCCUAAUAGUAAAUCUACAUUUAAAUUUAAAGCUGUGCAAGGCUUUAUUGCAUAUACUCAAAAGAAUGAUAUACUUUCUUCCAUUAGUAAACAGUAUAUUGUUAAACCGUACGUUUCUCAGGACAUUCAACGCAAGUUCAAUAAUAAAAAGAUCGAAGUGCUGUACAUAUUGACUCAAGUUACCAUAGAUAAUCCAUUUUGGUUGACUGAUGACGGUAUAACGGUUGUGAGACAAUUUGAAAGGGAUUUAGAGCAAAUAAGACAUCUUAACAAUGAAAAUAUUUUCAAGCUUUAUGGAUACCAAAUAGAUAGAAAAGAAUACGGCUGGGAAAUAAAUCUUUUAUCUCAAUUUUCUCAAACUGCUGAAUACCUACAUGAUAUGCUAUCAACAGCUGAGUUUUUCAGUUGGGAAUUGGCAAGGUCAUGGCUUAUACAAUUACUUCCUGGAAUAGAGUACUUACACAAUUCUGGUCUCACUCAUUACUUGAUAUGUCCUUUCACCGUAUUGGUAUGUGAUGCAGAAGUUGACUACUACUAUCAAAAUUCAAAUAAAGACAUGUCGUAUGACGACGAUGACGGAGAACCAACUACGAUUAAGGUUUUAAAACUUCUGCAUCCUUCAUACGGGUUUUCUUUAUUGUCUAUGCUAAAUGAAUAUCCGAAUAUCGAUCAACUGAAGUCCAAAUCCGGUAAAUAUGGCUUCAUGAAACACUUAAUCCCUACCAAUUGGAUCGAUCCAGAAUUUCCCUGUGGCCCGAAAUCAGACAUAUGGAACUUGGGUGUUCUAUUUUUACGAAUUAUGAUUAAUUACAACACAUUGACUAAACUCUAUCCCAGACCUGAGGAUUUUUUACGUAAUUUCAAUCCAGAUGACUAUGGUGAGGCUCGUGAUCACGCUGAAAUUGUUUAUGACUUAUUAUCAAGAAUGAUCCAACCAAAAGCAUCGAAACGUCCAAGUUUGCUAGAACUUAAUGCCCUCAAAUUUUUUAGAGAUGGUAUCCAUUAUGUGAAUAAUACUGAAACGAACCCGCGAAUGAUGUUUGACUCAACUACUCCGAUAUCACCUAUACCGGAUCAUAUAGACUCUUUCAGGGCUCCUUUAGGAUCUACUCGCUACCAGACGGCUGCUAUAGAAGCUAGUAGAAGGAAUCUUUCCCCUGCAUUGCCUUCCAGAAGACGUUAUUCUAACCAAAACCAAAACCCGUAUCUUGGUGAUACACCCAGUGCAAAUUCUGGAAAUGCUAUUGACUCUAGAUAUGAAAGAGAGUUUGAAGAAGUCAGCAAAUUAGGUAAAGGUGGUUUUGGUGAAGUUGUGAAAGCAAGAAAUAGAAUGGAAGGAACAUUUUACGCUAUAAAGAAAGUAAAGCAUAGGGCAAAUAAGUUGGAGGUUAUUCUCAGUGAGGUUCUUUCUUUGGCUAGAUUGAACCAUCAAUAUAUAGUGAGAUAUUAUGGUUGUUGGGUUGAGGAAGUAAACCCUGUGAAUGAUUCAGGAGCUAUAGACUCGGACUCGUCUUCUGAAAGUGACUCUGAUAGUGACUUUGAAAGUCCAAUUGCAAGAUCUUCCUCUGCUAUGCGAGCUCAUGAUGAUUCAUUUCAAGUAGACUACUUAGCAAAUUCGCUUGAUGCACAACUUGAUUAUUCGGAUAGUGAUUUUGAUGAUCGAAUUGUUUUUGCUAACUCAUCGGAUGGCAACCAGGCAGUUGAAAGUGAUGAAGACAAUACCAGCUGUGACGAGGAUACUGAAGACGAGGAUACCGAAGAUGAUGAAACAGAUGAGUUCACCGAUGAGGCAUCCAGCAGUAAGACAACGAGAUCGCACUUCAUUAGACACAAUAAAACGGAAAUUAACAAACUCAGGGAUUUACACCAAGCUAAAUCAAUCUUGUAUAUUCAAAUGGAAUUCUGUGAAAAUAAGACCUUACUGGAUCUAAUAGAACAGGGUCUUCCUAAGAAUCCAAACGAAUAUUGGAGACUUUUCCGUCAAAUAUUAGAAGCCGUGAGCUACAUUCACAGCUCUGGGUUCAUUCAUCGUGACUUGAAACCAAUGAACAUUUUUAUUGAUAAAUCGAAUAACGUUAAAAUUGGUGAUUUCGGUUUGGCAAAGAAUUCUCAAUUCUCCAGUGCCAUUCUGGAUAAUAAUCAAGUUGCAUCAACUGGAAAUAAGGAGUUUUCUACAGUUGUUGGCACAGUUUUUUACACUGCUAAAGAAGUAGCAACAGGAGAGUAUGAUGAAAAGGUGGAUAUGUAUUCCUUGGGGAUUAUAUUUUUCGAAAUGUGCUAUCCAUUAUCUACUGGUAUGGAAAGGGCCGCAACUUUAAACAAUUUAAGAUUGGCAUCAAUUGAAUUCCCAAGUAAUUUCACCGAUUCAAAAUACAAGGUGCAAAAGAAAAUAAUAAGAUCAUUGCUCAAUCAUAAUCCAAAGGAAAGGCCUGGUGCCAACGACCUUUUGCAGACUGGAUGGUUACCUGUCGAGUAUGAAGAUAGAAUAAUCAAGGAGGCUCUCAAAGCUUUAUCCGACCCUGCCUCUCCAUGGCAGCAAAAAGUUCGAGAAAGUCUUUUUUCGCAACCAUAUGUUUUAGCGAGAGAUCUUAUGUUUGAUAGUCAUGGUAGGCAUUCACAUAUGCAUCAACUAGAGCAUUCCGUUAAUGAUUAUUUGACUUUUAGUCAAAUUGUCAGUGAGCUAUCUAAUAUUUUCCAGAAGCAUGGUGCAGUAGCUGACUAUAGUUCUGGUAUUUUGCUACCAAAGGCUUAUAGCCAAUCUCCAGGGCAUUGCUAUGAAGUAUUAGACCGGAAUGGUCAAGUUUUAACUUUGCCUUAUGAUCUUGUUUUACCAACUGCAAGAUUUUUCAGCCGUACCAAUAUUUCUGUUUCGAAGUUAUACCGACAUCAAUUUGUUUACAGACCGAACACAAGAGGGAGUGGAGCUCCAGAAAAAUUCAGUGCUGUCAGUUUUGAUAUUUCAACCCAUGAUAUAUUAAGCAGAGCUGAAAAUGAAGCAGAGUGUCUUAAGAUAGUAGAUGAAAUACUAGAAUCAUUUCCGUGUUUUAAAGUUAAGAACUCGCAAACUUCUAUCAUGAUUAAUCAUUGUGAUAUAUUAAAUAGUGUGACUGAAUUUGCUUUUGGAAAUUCCGUUAGAAUAGAUGGGAAAAGAAAAGAAGAGUUCUUCGUCAAAUUGUCCCAAUUACUGCAUGGUAAAUCACCAGAAGAUAUCAAAGCAAGCUUGAGAGAAGAUUUUAAAAUCCAACAUACUGUUAUCAAGGAUCUUAUAGAUACAUUUAAUUUCACGGUAGAUCCAGAAAAAGCGAAACCAAAGAUUCAAAAGCUUAUGGCUGAUUCGCCUUUACUUGCAAAGAUUGAGAAAUCUAUUGAUCACUUAUUACAUGUUUUGAAAAUCGCUACCAGUUUAGGAGUUCAAAGUACCAUAAGGUUUAACCCGCUUAGUAAUUAUAGUAGUAAUUAUUACGCCGGAGGUCUUAUGUUUCAAGUGUAUCAUAGAAACGAUCAAAAGAAAAUAGCUUUAGUUGGAACUGGUGGAAGGUACGACAACUUGAUACGAUCUUUAUCAAAUAGAGACUUGAAUAAGUCGAUAACUUCGCACGCCGUAGGGUUCCAAAUAGGGGCUACUUACUUGUUUCAGCAGAUGAAGAAUACUAAUAAGAAGACCAAAUCGAGUUUACCAAAUAUGAAGAAUAACUCCGAGUUCUCGAAAGUUAAAUGGAGAAGGGUUAGAUGUGAUGUCUUGGUUACAAGCUUGACAGAAAGCUACAUAGAGGAAUCUGGAUACGAACUAGUUAAAAGAUUAUGGGCAAACGAUAUAAGCAGUGAUAUAUUUCACCCUACGUCCCAAGAAGACUUGAUUCAUAAAGCUCAUAUUGAUGGGGCCAAUUGGGUGGUAAUAAUAAAGCAGUCUAAUUCGAAAGCCACUCGCAAAAAGAACAAGAAGUCAUCAAAUCAGUUCAAACCUUUAAGAGUGAAAGAUGUCAGCAGUGGUAAAGAUGUUGAUAUUGAUUAUCCUGAAGUGGUAGAAUAUUUAUUGGGUGAGAUUGAAGAACGUAAUAACGAGGAUAACUAUGAGUAUAACAGCAGCCCACUUAAUAGUUCACAUAGUGUUGAGCAUAAUAAUGAUGAUUCAGAAAUUGAUGAUAAAUCGGCCAUUAGCGGUGGACCUCUCUAUAAUAUUGAUAUUGAUCAAAAAGUUAUCACAGUCAAUAAUGAUGCCCCUAGAGGUCGUAAGAAUAAUAACAAGCGGGAUAAAUGGGAGAUUGAAAACGAUGCCAAAGUCGCUGGAGCAGAAUUAGUCAAAAAUUUAUCUAAUACACCAGUAGUAAGUGUUGAUGCUAGGGAUGAUGUACUAGAUAUGAUUCUGAUAACUUCGUUAAAGCAAUCCGAUGAAUGGAUCAGAAAAGUUGUUUAUUCAACAAACAAUCUUCCGAAAAGCUUUGCUACAAACAUCUACAAUACAUUAAUUAAAGAAGCUGGUAAGGGAAACAAAUGGGUAAUAAUUCAUUCACCAAAGACCGAUAAAACGGUCAUAGUUGAUCUAGAGCGUUAAAUAAUAUCACAAUGAAG